AUGGCUGUCACGACAAUGAGGGCGGCCCGUUAUCAUCCUGUUUGUCAGCGUCGCCCGUCCCAGACCGGCACUAACAUAUCCCAGGAAACGAAUAAUUGUACGAUAGACGAGAUCCCAAUUCCAAGCAUCAGCGAGAAUGAGAUGCUGGUCAAAAUCGCCUCAGCAAGUCUGUGUCAUUCGGAUCUGAUGCUGUUUGAGGGUUCAAUCCCCGCCACAGAGCCAGUCGUGAUGGGACACGAGGGCGUGGGCUAUGUGGAGAAACUGGGAGCAAAUGUCAAAGGCUUCAAGCCCGGUGACGGCAUUGGCUUUCUCUACAUCAAAGGGGUUUGCUUUGAGUGUGAAGGGUGCAUGGUGCACAAUCUCAACUGCAAAUUGGGUACCGCUAGGCUUCAGGGCUUCCAGUCUGACGGCUUCUUCGCUGAAUACGCUGCUGUGGACUAUCGCAACGCCAUAAUCCUCCCGGAAAAUCUUCCUAUGGAGACCUCAGCACCAUAUUUCUGUGCUGGCAUUACAGCCUUUCACGGGGUCGACUCUUGCGAUCUCAAGACUGGUCAAUGGAUGGCGAUUGUGGGCUGCGGGGGUCUUGGACAAAUGGGUAUUCGAUUCGCUAAAGCUAUGGGUCUGAACGUCGUGGGUCUCGAUAUCAAUGAUGAAGUCCUUACGGCUGCAAGGGAAAAUGGAGCAGAUGUCAUCAUCAACAGCAGAGACGCAGACUUUGAGAAGAAGGUCCGGGAAGCUACAGGUGGUGGGGCGGACGCUGCUGUUGUCUUCAGUGCUGCCCAAGCCGCCUACGAUAGCGCGACCAAAAUCCUACGCAUGGGCGGUAUCCUGAUGGUUAUUGGACUUCCCUCGAAGCCACUCCAAUUCUCUUCUUUUGACCUGAUGAGGAAGCUUUUCCAGAUCAGAAGUGAGAGUACGGGCCCUCCGCAGCAGAUGCCACGAGCGAUGGAAUUCAUUUCAAAGCACAACAUCAAGCCGAAAGUUGAGCUAUAUAAGCUGGACCAGAUUCACGAGAUGAUGGAUUUGAUGAAGAGUGGCAAGUCAAAGUCUAGAAUGGCGGUAGUCUUUUAA